AUGGUCAACUGGUCGGACCCAAAAGAGAUCGCCCUCGACAAUGAUGUCUUCGACAAGCUGAUCUUCACAUUCUUCGGCCUCAACCUCUGGGAGAUCUUCGUGACCUGCGACUUCGAGUGGUCGCUCAUCACGCGGCGGCGUAAAUUCCGAUGGCCUUUGGUACUGUUCUUCUUCCUCAGCCGCUACUGCAUCAUCCUAUCCUUCAUUGGCCUCAUCGUAUCUAUGUCGGUUCGGACAGAGGUCAACUGUCGCGCGCUAUACACGUUCAACUCGUGGGCAGGGAACAUGACCCUCUUGUCAUCAUCCACCUCCCUGAUGCUAAGGACCAUCGCACUAUGGGAGCGCAAGCUCCUCGUCGUGGUCCUCCUCGGGAUCCUCUGCGUAGCACACUGGGCCGUCCUGUGGCGCGGGAUGUUCAUUGUGGAGUCGACGUGGAACCCGGAGAUCAGCGCGUGCUAUGUGACGCAGACGAAUCCUGGCCUGCUGAAUGUUACGUUUUUCUACACGAUUGCAUUCGACUUCACUGUACUCAUCUUUACAACCGUGGCCCUCACGUACAAGCAUUCUGCUCGGACUGAUCUGUGGAAGCUACUGUUCCAGGAUGGCUUGGUGUACUUCCUUCUGACGUUCUCCUCAAACUGCAUACCAGCCGUGCUCAACGUAUUGAACCUCAAUGGUGAGCAUCCGCCUCGCGUUUGGUAUUCUCAAUUUAACCCUAUCCGCUCAGCUAUGAUGAAUGUCAUCGCAACGGUCAGUAUCCAGUCCAGUCCUAGUCCAUCCCUCCGCUUGCCAAUUCUCUCGUUCGCUAACACUCCGCACAGAUCCCUGCCGCGUCUAUCUCCUCCAUCCUCGCCUGCCGCUGCGUCAUGCGCCUGCUUGAAUUCAACACGACGGACGUCUACGUGCACACCAUCUCCGGCCUCAACAGCAUACCGGGCGGGCGCGAGAGCUUCACGCCGUACACACAUACUAAGGACCUGGGUGCACACACUAAGAGUCAAGGGUACUCAAUUACGAGGCCCGCGGAGGUGGUGA